AUGGCGAAAGAUCGCAAGAAGAAGGAAGACUCGUCUUCCUCGAGUAAGAUUACGGACGAAACUUGUAAAAAGUCGAAAUCUUUAUCAGGUCACAAGAGGGUUCACAGUCAAGCCUCAUCUUCGAAGUGGACAAAGCUUGAAGAUAUUAGUAAUCAUCGAUCAAUCAAAGAUUAUGAAUUGAAGGUUCAUAAUCAAGCCUCAUCUUCGAAGUCAAAGAUUGAAGAUAUCAGUAAUGAAGAUCGGGAUCGCCUUUAUCGUCGACGAAUGAAAUAUGAGAGCGAGAAGAUUUUUAUGGCCAAUAACAUACAAGAAAUUCUCAAGAACAGCCAAAUGGGUUUUGAAGAUUUAAUCAGUGAUUUGAGUGAAAAUCCCCAUUCUUCAGAGAAUGUCUGCAAAAUAUGUAAAAGAAAGUUUGAUUCAAUGAGGGCUCUGUGUGGUCAUAUGCGACACCAUCCCAAGGAGUUCAGAAAAGGCGGAACUGAACAAGUUUAUGAAAAUCUAUUAGAAAACUGUGAGACUUUCUGUCCUGUCAAGAAAAAGCGAUCAAAGCCAAUGUACACCGUGUCUUCUUCUUCUUCUUGUUCAUCAUCUGUUUACGAGUUUAAUGAAGAUGAAGAAGAAGCAGCAGAAUGUUUGAUUAUGCUCUCCACUGGGAUAACCAAUUGGGAUGAGUUUAAAGCAUUUCUAAAGCAAACCAAUGAUCAUGAGAAUCCAAUUCUCAAUAGAAAGGAGGAGAAAUCAACUGUUGAAGUGGGUUUGAAUUCGUCUAAUGGGAUUCAAAAGAAGAAGGAGGAGCAGAAAAUCAGGAGCUUGAGGAUCUUCAGUUCGAGUUCUGGAACGAUGGCCAUUCUGACCAGGGAUGAAGCGAAUCCAACCCAACAACAUGUGCAGCAGCUUGAAGAAAAUCAGAACCCAAAUGAGAUGAUGGAAAGUGAUAUGAUCAAGAAACAUCAAUGUACAACCUGCUUUCGAUACUUCCCAUCUGGGCAAGCUUUGGGUGGACAUAAAAGGGCUCACUAUAAGAAACCAGAAGAAGAGAAUGAUUUGGUAGUUGAUCGAGCUCCUCUCUAA